UACCAGAUCUGUUAAGGUGAUUGGCUGCAGUAAAAAAUGAUGGACAGCUUGGUCUGUCUGAGGAUUGGCUUAAUAAAAAGUGAUUGACAACGAAAGUGUAGUAUCUGAUUGGCUGCAGUCGAAAAUGAUUGACACAUGCUCCGCCCUUUAGCCACGCCCACUGGUGCUCCGGCCUGCAGCAUUACCCUUCUCACUUUUGGCAGUAAAAUGACGCCAUACUGGGGGUGUUUGAAACACGUGAGUUUACGCUGGGAGCUCACACGUUGGAAUACCCUUUGUUUUAUGAAUUAACCAUAGACUUAAAAAAAAAAAAAACCUUAGCUAAUAAUAAAAAUGUGUUUUUCAAUUAGAAUAUACACAUAUGGUGUGCCUUCAUUGAUAACUAAUAGAAAAAAAUCGCAUUUUUGCUCUUUGUUUAAAUCGCCCGCAAAGAACAUGCUGGAAAGGGCUAUGUGAAUAACGUGACAAUCAGACCGUUUUCGGUGACGCAGCACGAAAGCAGAAAGCCCCUCCUGCUCAAGAGUGCUGCUCUCUCUCAGUCUAGAAGAAUGGCAGAGUCCAGUAUUUCAGUAAAUCACGAUCAGUUCAGCUGUCCAGUCUGUCUGGAUCUGCUGAAGGAUCCAGUGACUGUUCCCUGUGGACACAGUUUCUGUAUGGUGUGUAUUAAUGGCUGCUGUGAUCAGGAGGAUCAGAGGGGGAUCUACAGCUGCCCCCAGUGCAGAGAGACCUUCACUCCAAGGCCUGUUCUACGCAGAAACAACAUGCUGGCUGAAGUGGUGGAGAAACUGAAGAAGAACACAGAACUCCAAGCUGCUUCUCCUGCUCCCCAUUACGCUGGAGCUGGAGAUGUGGAGUGUGAUUUCUGCACCGGGAGAAAACUCAGAGCCAUCAAGACCUGUCUGAUGUGUCUGGCCUCCUUUUGUGAAGCUCACCUUAAACCUCACUAUGAAGUUCCUGCUCUGAAGAAACACAAGCUGGUCACCCAGCUCCACGGGAAGAUCUGCUCUCAGCAUGACAGACUGAUCGAGAUCUACUGUCGUACUGAUCAGAGUUAUAUUUGUCAAUUAUGUGCAAUGGAGGAACACAAAGACCACAAUACAAUCUCAGCUAAACUAGAAAGAACCAUAAAACAGAAUCAUCUGAAAGAGAUACAUGAGAAACUUCAGCAUAAAAUCCAGGAGAAGCAGAAGAAGCUGCAGGAGCUGAAACAGACUGUUAACACUCUUAAGCUCUCUGCACAGGCAGCAGUGGAGGACAGUGAGAGGAUCUUUACUGAGCUGAUCCGCUCCAUUGAGAAAAAGCGCUCUGAGGUAACAGAGCUGAUCAGAGAUCAGGAGAAGGCUGAACUGAGUGGAGCUGAAGAACUCCUGGAGAAACUGCAGCAGGAGAUGGCUGAUCUAAAGAGGAGACACACUGAGCUGGAGCAGCUCUCACACACAGAGGAUCACAUCCAUUUCCUCCAGAGUUUCCAGUCUCUCUGUGUCUCUUCUGGAUCUGAGGACUCUCCCAGCAUCACUGUCCAUCAACAUUCCUCAUUUGAUGGAGUGAGGAAAUCUCUCUCUGAGCUGAAAGAGCGACUAGAGGAAUUCUGCAGAGAGGAAUUCAGGAAAAUCCCUCCACAUGAUGAAGCAGUUCAGAUUUUACCCGUAGGACCUAAAAGCAACCGAGAAGACUUCAUGCAAUAUUUCUUCCGGUUGACUCUGGAUCCCAACACAGCGCAUCGUUCCCUCAUUCUGUCUGAGAAUGACAGAAUGGUAGAGCGGAGUAAGGAAGACCAGCCAUACUCUGAUCAUCCAGAGAGAUUUAAAAUUCACUAUCAGGUGUUGAGUAAGGAGAGUGUGUGUGGACGCUGCUACUGGGAAGCUGAGUGGAGCGGUGCACGUUAUGUGUACAUAUCAGUCUCGUAUAAAGAGAUCAGUAGGAAAGGGGGUGGUAAUAAGUGUUGGUUUGGAGGAAACAGUGAAUCCUGGAGUCUACAGUGUUACCCCUCUCUCUCUUUUUACCACAACAACAUUAAGACUUAUCUCUCAGCUCCUCCAUCCUCCAGAAUAGGAGUGUAUUUGGAUCACAGUGCAGGACUUCUGUCCUUCUACAGCGUCUCUGAUACAAUGACCCUCCUCUAUGCACUUAACACCACAUUUACUCAGCCCCUCUACGCUGGAUUCAGGGUUGGUGGAACUGUAAGAUUAUGUGAUAAAGUUUAAAACCAAAUAAUCAAUUAAUGAAUGCAUGUUCGUAUAGUAAAUGUAUUAGUAAGUACUGUAAGUGAUUCUAUAAAAUGCUGUCUUUUGAGAAAUACAGUACAGUUUAUAGUACAAUUUACCUUUGCUUUUUUAAUGUGUGUUUAAACAACAGUGUAUAUUAACAUUUUUCUAAAUUUUGGUACAUCUGCAACUUACAGCAGUGAUGUUAGAUUUAAGAAUUUAUAAAUUAGUGGAUCUGCUGUUUGAAGCUGUUUUACAGUGAGAAAUAAAACAUUUUAACAAAUUUCAAAAGGCAGUUUUUGAUUUUAUUUGAACUACCAGCCUUUCAAUAAAAGUUAAGUUUUUUCUA